AUGGCAUCAUCUCUACCGCCAGAUAGUCUAUCCACCGCUAACCCAGAGACGACCUAUCAUCCAAGCAGUCCUCAUGCCGAGGUUGUCCCAGCAACCCCCAGCGUCGCGCUUACAGCGGCAGAUGACGACACAGAAUUUCCAAACUUGACCCAGGAUUCGAGGGUCGAUACGGGCGAGAGUGGAUCUGGAAGGAGGACUAUAUUGCUUUCUGGUUGGAAUCGCCUCACAAGGCGGCCAUCUGUUGCAGCCGCUUCCGUCCCAAGACCUUCAUCGAUAUUGCAACAUGAAGAAUCGUCGCCCACGCCAUCCCGACACGGGGAGAGACAACCUGGCGGGGAUUUCGAAGAGAAGACAGCCGUUGAGGUGGAAACUGGGACCAUCAGAGGCGGCAACCAGGUAGAUGAACCACCUGCAUCCAGUCAGGCCACCUAUACGUUGGCUAUUUACCCAGAAGGAAUUCGCCCUAGAACUUCGGUCGACAUCAUUGCCGUCCAUGACUUUGACGAGACGCCAGAGGAUGCUUGGGUGAUGCCUGUCGAACGUCUUCUGAGCCCUGGGAGACCGGAUGGCGAACGCGACAGGACCGCUUCCCCUGGACCUCAACGUAUAAAGCUGAUUGACAAAAAAGGCAAAGGGCCCGAGUUGGUGAAUCCAUCUGAUGGAAACCCGAAAUUAGACGCGAAACUACGGCCACCUGGCAAAGACUUCAAGGGGAGAGGGAGAUCUUUGGAACCUUCAAUGCGCUCAUCAUCUGAAUUCGACAUGCGCGGGCGGCCACACGCAGUCAACUGGAUUCGUGACUUUAUACCCAACGAUAUCACCGACUCCAGAGUGCUAUCUUUCAGUUACUCAUCACCUACGUUUGUCAAGAAGACCGGAAGUUGGGCGGAAUAUGUGGAAAACGCAGCAAAAACCCUCCUGGAACGCAUUGUAGGCUCAAGACAGCUAUUCUUCCAGCGAGGGGUCCCAAUAGUUUUCAUUGGGUCAGGCUUCGGCGGUAUCGUCAUUCAAAAGGCGAUUGCCCUAGCUGCCAAACAAAACGACACCGCUUCGUUAUCUUUGGAUGACAUCUUCCAGGUUAUCUUUUUGGAUACACCCUUCCCAGAGCCCGAUGAGCCUCAGACCCCGGACAGGUUCAAGAGCUGGUUUCCCAAAAACACAAACGUCAGGAUGUCCCGUAUCCUUCUAGAGAUCGAAACCCGCGACAAGGAGUCUGAGCUGGUGGAGGAUGUUUGGAAUGAAUACCAGGGAUCUCAAAAGGAGUUGGCUCGUGGAUUGGAGACAACUUGGCUGUACUCACAAGCUCGCGUCCAACAGGGUGAUUCUGAUAAUAUGUCACUGUGCAAGGACGAAGACGAAUAUCGCGCUUCGAUCAAAGGUGUCACCUUCACGUCAGUUGCCAUAUAUCGACAUCGGCGACUGGCACGGAUGGGCGAUACGCAAGAUUACAUCUACCGGAUUAUUCUUGCCAAGAUGCAAUCAACAAUUCUCUACCAGGCCAUCAAGUCCCGGAAUGUCGAACUCGUCGAAAACAUCCUGGACAGCAAGCCACGCUUGAUAUACAAGACGGAAAGUGGGCGUAAUCCACUGCACAUUGCAUGCUUGAUGGAACCUCCAAGCGAUACAAUUGUGACGCUCCUGAUCAACGAGAGACCCGAUGAUACCACCGAGCCUGACGACGGAGGUUCAACUCCACUGCACCACGCGGUUUUCAAGGCAUGGUACAACGAGCCAGAAGAAGGCAGGGAACGGUCAGAGUACAGCGGCGUCAUUCGUUACUUGAUGCGCAACAUGCAACGAGAAGAUCUCGACCUUCAUGAUAACGAGGGCCGCUCGCCUUGGGACUGGAUCUGCGAAGACAGCACGGAAUACUAUUGCGGCUGCAACGGAUCCGAGUGUGCUGCGACUUGGAUUCGCGAGUUGAGAGAGAACCUGGAACCCAUCAGAGGCCCUGCAAUCACUCAAGAUUAUGACUUGCCCACAGAGCCCACACCUCCGACGCCUGACUCUUCACAAUACAUCGCUAGCUUCGUUGCAGAAGGGACUGUUAGCGAGUUUUACCAUACGACUAAUAAGAAGACAAAACGAGUGGAGGAACAGAUCAAUCUCAAGACGACAAGCGUUUAUGACAUGGUUUAUGAUGCCAACAAGCGCUGUGCUCGGAUUCUUGAAUCGUCCCGAAGGAAGGGGAAAGACAAGGAUUUCCGUUGCAGAUGGAUUUUGCUGCCCGCAAACAAUGCAAGUUCUCUUCUCACCCCCCCGUAG